UUCACUACAUGAGCGCAGUGUAAUUCACGUAUCUCGAUAAAUAGCUAGAAUAAAAAUGGCGUCCACAUGGAAAACAUAUUUAAUGCUUCUGAAUUUGAUCGUUUUGUGUAUCCUAACCAACACCCACUCGAGACAGAUAACCACGGAGACUGUUGUGUUAAAUGUGACAGCGGUUAAUGUAAUUCAGACGAAGUACAACGUACAGAUGAACUUGACUGUUGGUCUCUUGGACAAUGAAACAUUCAUCAAUGGAGCUCCUAUAAAACAUUCACAAGUCACAAGGAUGAUAUGUCCUGUUCUGUUAUUGGAUGGUUAUAAUGUGAGCUCUGGGUCAGCGGGUGGGAUGGUAAGCAGUGAGCUGAGGCUGAUGCUGAAUCGGUCGAAUGUUCAGAAUGAUGUUGGAGAUCAGGUUCAGCUACUCCUCCUGAGUCAACAGAUAAUCCAGCUGGAGGAUCAAAAGGUCCAUCAGCCAGACAUCUUUGAGGUGGAAAUCCAGUGGAACCAGACCUCUGAAGAGAUCACACAGGUUAUCAGUGUUUACCCUUCAUCACAGAGCAAAAUCUCAGGAAUCCUAUCAGAGAAUGACAUCUUAGUGACUGACACAUCUAUACACGAUGAAGGUGAAGACCAAGUGCUUAACAGCACCAGCCACUAUCUAUAUAAAAAUGCUGAGACUACACAGGAAGAGAUCGCUGCUCCAGGGAAACUCCCAGAAACACCCUUGCGGAUGGACCCAGAAACUCUGUACGAGUCCAGAGGGGAAGAGGAAAGGAAUUCUGAUUAUAUCCUGCCUAAGGUUCCUCUCAGAGAUCACAUGACCUCUUAUAGCGUGGUGUGCCAGUGGAUCGAAGAGCUGAGGGAUAAACUGAGGCGCUUCUGGUCGGAUUCAGUCCCCCUUUUCUUUUUGAUCAUGUGGGUGGUGGUGGUUGGUGUUGCAGGCUCCGCUGUGAUUAUUAGGAUUCUUGAUUUUCUGUUCCCCUCCUGUGAACACAGGGGAUUCUUUCAUCUGAAUCCAGAGACUCUAAUGCCAGAUGAUGAAAAGCAGAGCCUAAUAGAUAAUGUGGAGAUUGAUGGUAAAACAACAGAAAAGCAAGUUUUGAUAGAGAAGUGAAUGCGAUGGAUGUGUUUUCAUCAGUUUGGUUAAGUGGCUUUAUUUGGUUACGGAUACCAAUGACUUUAGUGUAGCACUUUAAAAACAAAUUCUGCAACAUGACUUAAUCAGCAUCCAAAUUUCCACCUGAUUCUUUAAAAACAUCUUGGGAGAUUUUGGUAAAAAAGAAAGUGUUACUUUGUGUCAUUACCCAUGGGGUAUGACACAAACUAAAAAAAAGGCUAGUAUGUGAAGCUAAAACCUCACGAAAACUUGUUGCUGAUUUUGAUCUGUCCUUUUUCUUACUUUAUGUCAGUUUUAUAUAAGUGGCCUGUAAGAAACUGCCUAUAUUGCUUAUUUAUAUCGAAUAGUAUAUGCAUUUUCAUUUCUGAAGUGUUAAUAUUGCAUUAAGCAUGUAUUUAGGCAAUACAUUUCAACUGUGACCUGCUUUUUUCUUGGACCUGAAUGGAUGCUAUUGUUUUUAAUAGGGAUAGUUCACACACGAAAUUAAAUACUCAAUCUUAAAUUGUCCAAAUUCUGUUAACAUUUAUUUGUUUUGAUGAGCACAAAGAUAUUUGAAAGAAUGCUUGUAACCAAAUGGUUCCUGCCCCUCAUUGACUAUCGUAGUAGAAAAAUAAAAUAGUCAAAGGAGCCUCAGAACAGUUUGUUGUCCUAAAAUUCUUCAAAAUAUCUUUUGUGUUCAUCAGAAAAAAUUAUAAAAUUAUUUUCUAAUAUGGCAGUUAAGGGUGCCUCCGAAAUCACAGUUACUAACAUUUUUCUAAAUAUCUUCUUGUUUUCAACCGAACAAAGAAAUGUAUACAACAAUUUGAGGGUGAGCAACUCAUGACAGUAUUUUUUUUAUUAAUUUCGAGCACUGUAAUGUAGGAUUAUUAUAAUGUGUAUAGAUUAUACACAUUUGUUGAAUGUUUCCAUUUCAGUUGUAGUCCCAAAAUUUCAUUGCAGCCCUGAAUGGCAGAACUGCUGGCAUUGGAUUUUAUAAUAUUAUUUAAAUCUUUAGUCUGCAUUUCAGAAGCAUGUAAAUAUAAGGUUUGUUUUUCUUCACGGUUUGUUACAUCAGUACUCUACAUUCUGCACAAUAAAUGAGUUUGUCUCGUAA